ACGUCCACUACAUCACAGUUUGGCUGUCGCUCGGCGUCCCUCACCUCCUCUCGCUUCCCCUUGGCGGGCACCCGUUCUUAUUCAAGGAUCGCCCCAGGGGCGAACCACGAGCUUCCUCGCCCUCGCCCCCAUUGCCAUGGCCAUGCCAGACCAUGCGUCAGGCGAGGUCAGCUCACUCAGUGGUGGGCGUUAGUCGCUGCUGCCGCCAGAAAACCUUCUUUUCGCCCGCGGCCAGAGAAGAAGAAAAGAGACAAACCUCGCGUCACAACCGCACCAAAUCACUUUCCGCCGGAUCGAGGAAGCAAACAAAGGCUGCUGCGGCAGACGACAUCCCAGCAGGAUAUCUGGCAAGCUCCCCAUGCCAUGCGCCGAUUGUGGCUGUUAACAGCCAGAUCUGCUGCCCGGCACGGCUUCUAGUUGGCGAUUUGACGGCGACCCACGAAUCCCCCAAGACGUGGCCAACUCGGCAUCGUCUCUGCGUCCCGUGUGGGCCUGUGGCACAGCCAAUGCCCAGAAGCCAUUGCCGAUUCCAAAAGCCGGGUCCACUAUUCGGGUCUCGGAGAGUUGCCCUGGGCGUGGGAGGCCGCGCUGCUGCCCUGCAUUGCACGAGCCCGACCCUGAAUCGAUCAAACUGUGCCUCUGGGGGUUUGGGCGCCCCCCGGGCUAGCCCUAUUUCCAGGGACGACGCAAAUAGCCGACAAGAAUAUCUGCCUUCCAUUAUGUGCCUUCUCUGA